AUGUUAACAAAUGCCAAGAGUUACCGUUCCACCUGUCAAAGCUUGAGAAGCCGCUUCGAGUUACGGUGUCAAAAUCGCUUGUGGGCUGAAUACGUGGAGCCAAAAGAAGAGGAAAAAGUGUUAAUGUGUUGGUCUCCGUUGGCGAGUCGACGUGUGUUCCCUGAUCUCUGCAUUGGAAGCCUUCCCGCUUCUCGGCGUUUUCUGCAGGCGCGUUUGCCCGAAUUCCAAUUGGAAUGGCAGCGUCGGAGUUCCCGAGCUGAGCGACGUGGAAGAUCGGCACUGCCGACUUACUUUUUGGGAAGUGUGACCGUGUUGCGAUGUGACGUGUCGAGAAGCAGAAAGAACGUGACCAUACCGUGUCAGACUGAUGUGCAGUUAGCGGCCAACGUGAAAGAUCGGGUCAGCGAUGGCGUCGUCGAAGAAGCCGUACUGCGAAACUUAGACCAGAGUACGCGCCGCAGAAGAGAUUAA